CCUUGGCGGUGCUGCUGCUUCUAAAUGCAAAUCUAAAGAAGGCUCCUUGGAAAACAAAAAGUUCCGUCGGACUUUGAGGUGUGUGCUCAGAGCGUCGUUGAAGAUCGUCAAAUUAAUAUGGCUGGGUCAGGGGGAGCAGCAGCGGCUGGGGCUUUGGAUCAUGCAGCGAGAACCAUGGCAAAAGUAGUGAUGGAGAUUGCGAACUCGCCCGACUUCGAUCGUGAACAAAUUCGCGGUGAAAAGCUGACGCUUUCGCAAGCGUACUGCUUGUUAUGGCAAAAUUCUGAAGAUGGCAAUGUGGGAGGAAGGAGAUUUGGCUUCGAGAGUAACAGUGGAGUGACUGCAGCAGUGAUUGUGGAUUUGAUUGCACUUGGUAAAGUGGAAAUUGAAAUCGAACCUAACACAACUAUGGGCGUGAAAAACGACCAUUACCGUCUGAAGGUAAUGUAAGCUAGCCUUAGAUAACAACUGUUUCAAGGUUAAUUGCACGACGGCAAAUUCAUCGAUUUUCGGGACUAGUAUUCUCCUUCCAAAACCAUGUUACUCAACAAUGUUUGUUAUAAAACAGGUGCAUUGGUUUAUGUGAUCUGAAGAUAUACAUAACGCGCUCGACUGACCACACACGAUAAAAGCGAAAAACCGUCUCGGAGUUAUAAACUUAUUGCGUUGGGAUCGUUUACGAUCCUCACAGCUAGCGCUACCUUAUGUGUAACGCAACAAGGUUGUAGAUUUGAAAAAUUUUACGUACUUUUUUAUAAAUUUAUUUGCUUUAUUUUAUGUACUUUUUACCUACUUUUUAUCAUUGUUUUUAUUUGCUCCAUACUUAAAUUACUGCUGUUUAAGCCGGAAAUAAGUUGUCGUUUACUUUGUCUGAACGGCGAGUUUCGCAGACUUGACGCAAUGUGUCUUACUUGAGGAGCGAGUUGCCUACCUCAAACCGUAGAGCAGUUGUGUUCAGACUGUUUGAACCUCUUUUAAAUUUAGGGUAGAGAAGAAAGUGCUCGUGGAAUUGUUUACCAGCUGGUGCGAUUGAAUACAUCACCUAGCAAUGUUAAGUGCAAACGGCCAAUCACGAGGCGAAGAUUUUUAUAUGCAAAUGUAGCAGUUUGGAAGCUCCAGGGGGCGCCAAUUUCUUUUCAAAAUUAAUCGCAAAUUUGAAUAUUUUUGAAGGGUGUUGAUCUACUGAGUGAUUUUAAGAUUGAUAAAGCUAGUCGGCAGCUGGUGAAGUUAGGUGAACUGAAUUUGUAAUAUUUUGUUGGAGGGGUUUUUUAAACAGGUGAAUCAUCUUGUGCUCAAAUAUAAAAGAAAUUUACAAACCUAUUCUAGGUAGUGAUUUUCGUCAACCUGUAGGGGUGUGUGUUCAGAAGGUUUUGUUGCAUGUCUGCACUGAAUGUCGCAACAUUCACAUUGUUAAGUUAUAGCAGGCAUAACUUAUCACUUCAUCCUGUGAAAUCAUUGAAGGAAAUGCCUUUCUUGCUAAAGGAACUGACACCUCCACAUAAUGAAAUAAUGAUUACCAUAUCAUUAUGAAAUGAAAUAAAUUUCAUGUGAUCUGCAGAUAAAAAUCAAGCAAAAGAUUCAUUCUUGCAGGUGGACUGCAAUUCUAGCAACAUGUGUCCUCGCAUAUCAGUCAGUAGUAGCACCUAACUACAAGAAGUUUGACUCCUGUCAAGGCCUCUAUACUUCCAAGGUUUUUUUCUGCAAUUUCCUAAAUUGCAUUCCACCUACAGGGAUCAUUUCUUUGCUUCAAAAACCAUACCCUAACCCCCUACUUACUCACCUGGAAUUUGUUAUGGACUUACAGCAGUAAAUUUUUUGCAGCAUCUCAUGUUUCUGCAUUAUUUCUCCACAAGAGCUAAUUUUUUUGGAUGAAGGUUGAUCAAACCUUCAAAAUUUAAGAAGAAACUAAUUAGAUCAACAGGACUUACCCUGAACCAAAUGUGCUUUCAGGUGGUUGAUGAAAAACCAACUGGUACAUAUCUUGAUGAGGCUCUCUUUAACGGGAUCUUGAAACAUCAUGAAAAACACCCUGACAAGCCAGAGAAAGUGAAGUCUGUGAUUUUUGAUGAUAUAAGUCAACUUAGAUCAAAGAAUUACUGCUCUACCAUUACACUGGACAGUUUGGUAGAGUUGGGAAUUCUUGAAAUGAAAGAAAAGAUGAUGGGCCGUAAAUACCCAACAGUAAACAAAGGUAAUUAUUAACCCUUUACACCCAAAAAUAAGUGUUCUCCAAGCUCUUCCCUAUACAUUUCCUUUGGUACUGAAUAGGAGAAUUUAUUUAAUGAUCAAAGUUGUUUGGUUGGAGGUCAUUUGCUUUAUUCUCAUGUUCUUAGUGAAUGAUUCAGUGAUAUUAUUAUAAGGAGAAUUUAGAUGCUGGUCACUCUUUGGGUUAAAAGGGUGAAAUGAAAAUGUAGUUAUGUUGCUGAUCUUCGGAAUGGGUUAUUGUUCUUGGCGGGGAAGGGUGAUUGAUCAAGGGGGGAGGGUGAUUGUCCCAAAGGGAAAGAGUUAUUUUUUCCAGAAGGAAGGGUUUUUGCCUGGGGGGGGUUAUUGACCCUGGGGGUUGGGGGAGACACUUGAGGUUUCAUCAUCUAUGCCUCUGGCCUCAAAUAGAUCAUAGGUACGUACCAAUAAAAUGCAUGAAAGCUCUAGCUUAUUUUGUAGUUAACAUAGCAACUCUGCACACCCCAAAAUGCCAUGAGAUGUUGGUGCAUGGAAAACUCUUUUUACUUCAGUGCAAAAUCCCUGGUUUAAUCAAUGCUCAUUUAUCCAUUUGCUAAUUUUUUUUCUUUCUUUUUUUUGGAAUUAAGGACCUGAAGAAAGUUUAGAAAAACAGAUUCGUGAGGUUGUUUUGCAAGAUAUGAAACCAAGUAGCUACAUCCGGGUGCUGCUGGUCUUGGCACGACAUGCAGACAACUUAAUGUGUCUUGAAGAUCCCGUGUUGAAAAAACACUUUUCCAAGGAAGAGUAUGGAAAGGCAAAAGAAAAAAUUAACCAGUUGGUGGGGCUUUAAAUCAAGCAAAGAGAAGAAAUGAAAGGUUUUCCACUAAAUUGGAGAAAUGGACUUUUAAAUAAUUACUCUCAUCUAGAGCUUGUCUUUCAUUAUAAGUGUGUCACUGUUGUUAAAUUUAGAAGAUAGACAACAUUAAAGUUUGUUUCACUAAAAGUUGCUCUUUACACCUUGGAACAUUUAGUUCAGGUCAUUGUCAAGUUUUCUUCAAUCUACUGGCUGCAGUCAAACCUCCAUUAUGCUGCGCUCUCCUACAAAAUAGUCACUUUGAAAAUCUCAUAAUUCUCUUUUCAUUUAAGAAUUAAAUCUCUUUUCCUUUUGUGGUUCUGUCAGCUCUCGCUGGCACUAGAAAAGCGAGUAAUUUACUUUACCAGCCCGUAGUUUAACAGAGUUAUGACUGUUGUCAGUUUACUGUUUAAUAAUGUUUGAAAACUCUGGUAUCUCUCCAGUUUGUUUUUUGGGGGAAGACCUAUCAGAGUCAUGAGUGUCAAUUAAAUACCUGUCAUGUUUUGAUAGAACCCAGGAAUAAAGUAACUUAAAGUUAGCUAAGAUCUUUAUAGAGUCCUGAUAAUUCCAUGUCAAAUCUUUGUUAAUUCAAUGUUACAUUCUCAUCUGGAUGAAACAACCUAUUAAAGGCUAAGGAGAAACGACCAGUUUCGUUUCAAAUUUUCAUUAAGGAAUCAUUGAGUUGAAACAAAAAGUUAACCGUGAAUUGAAACCUGUCGAAGAAUUUGUGCAAAGCAGAAUUAGAAACAUCUUAAAAGUAACUGAAUUUAGGAUAAAAUAAAAAUAAAAAUGAAGUACUCAACUCUGUGUUCAUCACAGUCAUAUUAUAGGGGACACAAUUUAGAAAAUAGCAAAAUUACAUGCCUUAGAAAUGUUGUUUUGUAUCUCAUACUUUUGUCUUCACAAGGAAGUUCACAAAAUGAUGUUGGCUGUCUGCAAACGGAGGCUCAUACCCUAGAAAGAAAGACAGAUAGAUGGAGUCCACAUUUAAAAAUCAUUGUGCUAGCAAAGGUGAAAAAAAAUAGAACUUAGAACUGUUUACAGGAUAAGUCAUCCACGAUCUUGAGGUUUACAUGUUAAGAACUCAGCCUGAAAUGUUAAACUCUCUUCAACCUUUGAAGUUGAUUUAAUCUUUGCAUAGUAGAUGGCAGUUUUCAUUACAAGUAGUGAAUUACGGUCAUUUCGCCUAGUCUAGAGUCGAUUCGCCUACGUCCAAUGUGUUAGUUCGCUACGUCUUAAACUCCGUACUAUGACAAUCAUUGUAUAAAACAGUUGAUUCAAUUGAAAAAAAAAUUGAUGAUAUUCGAAAACUAUCGCAUGAAAAUUUGAUAAAUGUUAAUUGUGUUCAUCUCAUCGUGCUUUGAAAUAAGAGACAAAUUGAUUUGACCCUUUUUGGAAUAUUGGAUAAAUGUUGUGAUGCACGAUGAUAAUUCUGUACAAUGCGCGUUCAUUUCGCGACAUUUUAGAGUAAAUUCGUUAUAUUUUGCGUUUCAUAAUAUGUACUAAUCUGUCACUGAUACAUACAAACCUUUUUAUAGCUUACACAUAAAAUAAAGUUUACAAAUGCAAUUUAAUUAUUACAAGAAACUUUUUAUAGAAAAGGUUGUG